AUGUCUUCGCCAGCCGACGUGACUCCUGUACGCGGCGUCACGUUCGACCUCGAUGACACGUUGUGGUGUGGUAAGACUCUGAUCCGCAAGGCAAGCGCCGCUUUCCACGCUUUCUUGGAGCAAAAGACGCCGCUGCUGGCGGAUGCGUUCCCUCCUGCAACGUUCGACGCGCUACUGAUGGACUUCCAGCGCGCUGUGCCGGACAAGGCGCACGACUAUACGUUUCUGCGCAAACACACACUGCGUCACUGUGUGAGUGUCUAUGGCGCGCAGAAGUUGAAUCUGAUCGACCAGAUGCAGCUCGAAGCUUUCAUCGACGCUGCGUUCCAAGCGUUUCUGGUACCCCGCAGUCAACCAGAGCUCUUUGACGGCGUCGAGAGUUUGUUUCUAGCGCUCCACGAAGAGAUUCGACGCUGUGGAGGGACCGAAGACGAGGAUCCUGUUCUGGGGAUCAUUACGAAUGGCAAUUGUGACAUGACCCACCUGCCGCGGUACUUCCACCUUCACGUGAGCUUUGUGGUGUCCGCUGAGCUCGUGGGUGCCGCCAAACCGCAUCGAGCCAUUUUUGAUGCGGCGGUGGGUCACUUUCCGUCCGGCGCGUCCAAUCGCCAGCACAUUGUGCACGUCGGCGACCACUACGAGUGCGAUGUGGAAGGGGCAAAACGCGCGGGCUUGCGCACGAUUUGGGUGAAUGCAAAGUGGGCGAAGGCAGAUGCAUUGACGCGAGCUGAUUUGUCUGGGGAAGAAGCAGAGCGGUAUGCUGCAGCAGACGCUAUUGUGAAAGAAGUGAAUGCUGUAUUACUUGUUGUGAGAUGCUGGAACGCGCUUGCAGUAACGUCGGAUGAAUGA